UUUACAUUAAAAGGUGUGCCCUUGCUGUUGGCGCACACACACACAUACAGGAAGUGAAGCAAUUGAUUCUCGAUAACUACGAGUUGAGUUGCACGUAAACGACAAGAAAAUGUGGCGCAGGACAGCCGCAACUUUGGACAAGAAAGCCGUGAAAUAAUGCGCAGAUCUCCAUCUAUUUCCCUCCGGAUCAAAGUCAAAGAGCUAAAUUGUGGGGCAGCAUGUCCUUAUCAACAGCCAGAGUCUCACUACAGAUCUUCUUCUUUCUUACUUUUAUUGUUUUCACGGUAUCAGGGGUUCAGAAGCGGACCAUUGCCCCUGACCGAGGCACCACCCUCAACAUCAGCAGUAGUCAGGUCAAAGGGUCGGUGUGCAAAGUCUGCACAGGGUCAGGACGCUCACGACAAUGUAGUACAUCUGUGCUGUUAAAAGAUAACGCUCCUGUCUCAGUUGAGUUUGAAUGUUCCAGACCUCAAGAUGUAUUCAGCAUGGAAAUUGUACGAAAUAUAGAAUGUACCACAAAGUCGUGCAACGGCCACAUCAUCCAGGCUGACUCCGGCUCCCUUCCUUUGCUGGAUUUUAAACGCAAGUUCACCUGGAACCUGAAAGCUCCAACAUCAAAAGCAUUUCAAAUAGACUUCACCAAGACAGGUCUGACACAGAUUAAUCCAUCUGUGAGCUGCCCAGACAGACACACCUACACCCUCCAGGCCUUCCAGGAUACAGGGAUCGUGGCUUUAGGGAAAUACUGCAGGACUGGUACUAUCAGCAGUGCUCAGAUACUGAAUCAAGGGAGCUUUUCUCUGGAGGUCCCAGCAGGUCAGAAGCUGCAAAAUGGCCAGUUUGAUGUGUCUGUUGGGGAGGAAAUCAAGUCUCUUGCCAAAAUUACACUGACUUUACCACAAGGGACUUCGUCUUCCGAGUUGCUUUCUCCAAACUACCCAGACAGUUUUCCUGACGACGAUGUAAUGGAGUGGUACUUUCAGAUCCCAGCCAAACAAACGGCGUCUGUUCAGUUUCUGAAUGUCACACAGCCACAUUGUCUGAAGAAGGAGACUGCGGUGGAGUACCACGGCAAAGGGAGAGGAGCAUUGGUGCUGACUUUGAAGGACACCCAGCCGGCCCAGAAUCAGGGCGACUUCUCCUUGAUGCUGAGGAACUGCGAGAUGGACAGGAGACGAACUGGUUCUCCUGGACUCUCCCUAAGCAUCAAGGUGUCCACUCCAAGAGCAAAUUCAGCAGUGUUAUGUAGUGUGGACCUGAGGAAGCAGAAGGGCUGUUCUCUUCACAUCAAGAAGCUGAGGCCGACCUCUGACUGCAAGAUGAAGAUGAACUCUGUGGCGAAGGAGAUGAUCACAGUCUCAUCAGACAGCGUUGCUCAGCUGUCUUUCCAGGACUGCCUCGCUGAAGACUUGAACGUCACCACCAUGAGCGUCAUAGGGUGUAAUCAACUUAAAGACUGCCCGAAGUCGCCAGUGUCUCUGUUACGACCUUCACUGCCGAGCUGCCUUCCCGCCCCUCUGAGCAGUGUGACCUGGCACCUCCGUCCUCCGGAGCACGGCACGGUGGAGCUGACCUCCGCUGUGCCCCUCAAACAGUCCCUACCUGGGCAGCCAUGCAAUGAGAGCAUCAUUAAACUGGCAGAGGAUGAUGGAACCAAUAUUGGACAGUUCUGCCCUCAGGGAGCCAUUCAGAAGGUCCAAAUCCACACUAACGUUUCAGUCACUGUGUCCAGAGUGGGAGGUAAAGCACUGAUGCUGUCUCCCAAACCUGUGCUGAGUGCCAGUUUGAAAAAAGAGAUAUCAGAAAGGUACAUAUUCACUGUAUCUCCAAUGAAAGACACUCCCGUCCUUUUGGCUUCUCCUGGUUGGCCAGUUGGAAUGAAGUCUUACUCCACCAUCUCCUGGAUCGUCUCUGUUCCCCCGAAGAUGGAGGCGAACCUGAUGUUUGCCAACCUCAGCCAGCCCAAGUGCAGCAACCGCCACACCAACAUCAGGGUGCAGAGAGUCGGCUGCCUGGAAGAGGACUACAGCCGCAGGGAGGACGAGGAGGCUGAGAGCGAGAUCACUGUGCCAGCAAGCUUCUACCUCAACAUGUCCAACUGCAUGCCUGAGAGAGGAGACUUCAGCGUUAUCACCAAGAUCACCCUCCAGAAGAGCACGAACCUGAUGCUGACCAUCAUCCUGAGUGUGGUGGCUGCUCUGUUGGUGAUUUUUAUCAUUGUGCUGGUGGUGGUCUGUGUGGUGAUAAGGAAGAAGAAGAAGCAGCUGAAUCAUCAGGUCUCCAUCUACAAUCCGAACGGCACCAGCUUCCUGCCAGGAUACAACGGCUUCCCUAAAUCACGCCAAGACAACGAAUCCCACGUGUACGCGUCCAUCGAGGACACGCUGGUCUACACACACCUGCUGAGGAAGGGGGCAGAGAUGGGCGUCUACGGAGAGUUUGACACAUACCGACCCUUCAUGGGGAACACAGAUUCACAGAAGCCGCUGGUCUCUAAAGACAGCAUCGCCGACAAAGCGGAGGUCGGGGUUUACCAGCCUUUCCGGUAUUCAUCUCAACAGGCUCCUCCGCUUCCCAACAGGCCUCCGAGUCACGGCCAAACCUUUGUGGACAAUGAUAUUUACCAGACUGAGGACCAAAGCCAGGAGGAAUGUUCUCCGAAGCUGGGGCCACGGCUGGAUCCAGAGGGAGGGAACUGAGGAGGAGAUUGGAUUGAGCUUUCUGCUUAUCACUUGACCUACUUGAACUUUGAGAUGUUCAUUCCCUGGCAUCUGUGUGAUUUCCUGCAGUUCGGCCUUGCAAGAAGCCUUUUUUUUUCUCCCCUCUUGAGCAUCGUUUUGCACCAAAGCCAGUCACACAAAACGACCCUGUUCAGACCUGCCUGCCGCUGUUACCUUGUUUUAUCUCAGAUGAAGCCGCUUUUGUUUGAAAGCAGUACUUAAUCAUCCCAUUUAUACCAGUUUAGCCCCUUUAAAGAGAUAUUUUUAAUUUGAGAUAUUUGAUACAUGUACUUUUGUACAUAUUGUGGAUGCAAACCUGUGUGCUGUUUAUUAGCUUUUCAGUUUUUCAUUUUUGUCAUGAAACCGGUGAAAAGAGAGGACUCCACUGCUGUUGCAGCUCACUGCUCUUUUAUAGCAUCAUCAGGACAUGACGACCCGAUGACGGCUGUAUUGCAGCAGAUUGCAACAGCAGUGUGUGUACAUGGAGUCAUCCCUUUGUAUUGUUACUCCCUCUUCUUUUGCACCUACUAUGGAUUCUUCUAGAUAUCAUUUUAUCAGCCAAUAACGGUGCUUUACAUAGAUGCCAUUACACUCCUAACGAUACACCUUUAGGUCAUAGAUUGUUUUCAGUCAUUUUGGUCCAUGAGAAAGACAAAUUUAGUGCUUUUGUUCUUUCUUGGACCUAUACUUCUGGGAAUCUCAAGACUGAUCUUCUGACUGUUUUCUUGAUCGCUGAGGGAUCUGUUUCUCUGGUCAUACAGAGACUUUUUUUUUUUCUUUUUGUGUAUCAUGAUGAAUGAGAGUCACCAGUCAGAGACUAUAUUUUGUUUUAAAUAUUUUGUAUGUUGAAGACCAAGGACCACUUCUACUGGACUACAAGGACACAGAACGAGAAUCUUUAUACAUAAUUUAAGUGCAGUUAGUGAGCAAAAAGUUACAUCUUGCAAAGGAUCUCAGUGUGUUUGUUGAUUGAUUGAACUUUGUUACCGGGUAGAUUUUUAACAGAGAGAUAUAAUUGCUCAUAAUGUUUUUAUGUGUGGAACAACAAACCACAUCCUAACUUUGUUAUAUUCAACCAAAGAUUUAUUUUGUUUUCAUAAGAUUUUGUACAUUUUCUGAUAAAUGGAGUAACAGAAUACACUAACACAGCAAAUCAAAAUAUUUAUGUAGAGAAUUCACCUCGACAUUAGUCUGACUCAGAAAAUUAAUAGGUCUCAUUUGAGGACACAAUCAAACUCCUGAGAAAGACUGAAUAAAUUGUCUUGUAAAGCCAUGUUGCCUCCUGCAGUUUAGAAACCAAACAGCAGGGGGAGACACAUACUCCUGAUGAAAUGAGGUUUCCUGAGACGCUGUGAGAACAGUCUGAAUGUUAAGUUACAGCUCUGUAAUGUCUAUUAAUGCUUUACAGUUUGACUGAUUGAGUUUUAAAAGGUCUGAGACGAAGACAUUAUACCCACAAACACUCUGCUGCUGACAUCAGUGGAUGUCCGUGGUAUCAUGGAGACGUCCAAACAUGUUGAUCUGAUGUAACAUUUCUUUGGGGUGACUUAACUAUUGUGAAUGCCAACGCAGAAUGAUGGGAAAAAGUGUGGGUGGGUGCAGAUACAGUUAGUUUUUACAAACGUUGGACCAGGAAACUUCUGCAGGGUUUGAUAAUAAAAUGUUUGGAAAUUUGAAAAGGUUUUGUGUUUUCAUGGGAGGGGAUGUUAACCCUGUUUUUUCUGUAGAUAUAGAGUCAUUCCCUCACACAUCUUCCUCUCCAGACUGGCAGUUUACAUCCAUCUCCCUUAUUACAUCUGUGACAUAUAUGAAAUGGUGAUGUUUAAGAAGAAACGUCAUGCUCAUAGUGUUACAGUUCUUCUUAUUCUUGGACAUAAUGGUUAUUAUUUCUUUGAAUAUACUCCAAAAACACAUCAUUCAUAUACAUUUGCUUAGAAUAGCCCCAACUGUACCCGCCUCCUCAGAGCUGAUUAUAUUCAGAUGAUUGCAUUUCAGAGUCACAUACAUAUGAUGUGAAACACUUUGUGUCCUGUUUUGAAAGGAAAUUUUUGGCUGUUUGUGAACCUUUAAGCCCAUCGGCCCUGUAAAAUGAUCUGGUAAAACACAGCAACCGUAAGCCAAGAGUUUGUUUAUGAGU